AUGAAAGCCAUCGUGGUCGAAAAGUACGGCGGCGUAGAACAACUGGUCUCGAAGGACGUCCUAGACCCUACACGCCCGGAAGGCCUCGACAUUCUCGUACGAGUCAAAGCAUGCAGCGUCAAUCCUAUCGACAUCAAAGUUCGCUCGAGAGUCUACGACGAUUUCCCGGACUACUACGAGCACGUUCCAAAGGACAGCUACCAAGUACUAGGCUACGAUGGCGCAGGAGUCGUGGAAACCGUUGGAAACGAUGUCAAGGGCUUCAAGCCAGGCGAUGAGGUCUACUACUCUGGCUCACCUAUCCGUCACGGCAGCAACGCCGAGCUGCAACUCGUCGACAGCAUGUCAGUGGCAAAGAAACCCCACAAUCUCAGCUUCGUGGAAGCAGCUUGCAUGCCCUUGACCUGGAUCACGGCGUACGAAGCUCUCGUCGAACGCAUGGAGAUCCAGCCGGGCGAGCAAGCAGCAGUCUUAAUCGUCAAUGGAGCUGGUGGUGUCGGUUCAGUAGCCUCGCAGGUCGCCCGUCAGAUCCUCAAACUACCCGCGGUCAUCACGACUACAUCUCGACCGGAGACGACGGAUUUCAGCAAACGAAAGGGCGCUACCCACACGGUGAACCAUCGCGAGGAUAUUCCAGAGCAGAUCUCGAAGCUUGACUUGAAGGUCCCGCUGAAGUACGUCUUCUUGACACACUCAACGGCGAACUAUCUGCCGGUUGCGACCAAGAUCUGCGCCCCAUUUGGCAAAAUAUGCUCGAUUGUCCAGACGAAAGACUUCCCGCAGUACGGUACAGAGAUGAUGGCGAAGUCGCUGACUUUCGUGUGGGAGCUGCUGGGGACGAAACCUUGGUACAAGACUGAUGUCGGUAGCCACGGCAGGAUGCUGGAGGAGCUGAGGCAGUUGCUUGAGAAGGGAGAAGUGCAGUGCCAUCAUACGCAGACGCUGCCGCUGACUGCUCAAGGCUUGAGAAAGGCACAUGAAGCCAUUGAGAGUGGUGGCAGUAUUGGGAAAAACGGGUUGAGUGUUGACGAUCCUGGUAUUGGUGGGCAACCUUUUGCCUAG